CUGCCCCUGCACAGUGGCCAUCCGAUAGAAAAGCACACCCGGGGUACCAUCUUAUUGGGAGUCCCCUUAAAUGCCUUUGUGGGGCCCAUAAUCUAUUUAAAGUUGGCAUGCCAAUUAGUGCAUUUAUAAUUCAUGACGUGGGUUAAUUGCUACACUUAAGCCCAACUAAACGACCAACGAUUGGGGGCUGUAAGACCUUUAAGACGCAACCAAACCUUAUCACGAAGAACAGAUAGCAGAUAGAGUUGUUUAUGAUUAGGCUCUCUGGCUGUGAAUCAGUUUAAGAUACAGCUCGGCGAUGGUAACGACACAGCGGAUCAAAGAAUUCUGCCAAACAGUUCGGCUGAAAUCAACACAGGUGUUUAUUGUGGCCGGGACAUGUUUGUUAACUUUGCUGGUCACAUUGGUCUGCAUUGGACUGAUGACCAGGUACGAGGUGGAGAACGAGGUGGCCAACGUGGCGGAUGUGGACUAUUGGAAGGACAAGGUGGCUUCCACGCAGAAGAUCUGGUACGACAAGGGCAUUGAGGAGCUCAACGAGGCGCUGAGAUCGCCUUCGGCUCCAAAUUAUCCCAGAAACGUAAGGAUAUUUCUGGUUCAAGGUAUAGAUGGCGCAGACUUAGCGGCAUAUAGAUUUCCCGCCAGAGACUUAAGUCAGGGAAAUACGAACUUUGCUUGGGACUACUUUCCACAUUUGGCUCGCUUGAAAAACAGCUGCAGUCAGCAGAUUCCCUGUCAAGUGGGCAGUGUUCCCAGGGCUUUGUGGUCGGGAAUACCUUUGGAUAGAGUGCCCCGAUUUCAGCCAGAUUGUAGGGAGUCAAUCAACGAAACGGAUACCCCGCUAAGUGUUCUUCGCCAGGCUCAAUUAGUUGGCCUUCGAACGGGUUUUGUGACCACCCAAAGGAUUACAGGAUCCACGGGGGCAGCUCUUGGAAACACCAACAGUAACUACGAAUGCGAUGAAAGAAUGCCUCUGGGCUACUCAAAAUCCGGUUGCCAGGAUAUAGCACGUCAGCUGAUCUCUGGUGAGACUGGUAGAUCUCUCAACGUAAUAAUCGGAGGCGGCAGGCAAAUGCUAAAUAGUCUGGUUCCCAAAACCAAUUCGGAUCCUGUGGAUGAACUGCUCUGCGACUCCAGCGAUGGACGCAACCUGCUCAAGGAGUGGAGAAACCACAAGCUCGAGGAGAGCAAAAUCAGUCCAAUAAAAUUUGAAUUCCUUCAGCGAACCGAUGAACUGGAGUCCUUGAAUGCCAGCAACUUUGACUUUCUAUUCGGUGUGAUGGCCAAUGGAGAUUUGAGUGGGAAUGCCAAGGCCCCAAGUCUGAAAUUAAUGGUGGAAAGAUCACUACAAGUUCUGAAAAAGCGUGGACAAGGCUAUCUACUGAUAGUGGAACAGUUUAUUAAGUCGGACAUGGACAAAAGAAUGCAACUACAGAUUCUGAACGAAACACUGGUUAACCUUCAGCCAGAUCGAGAUACUCUAACUCUAGUUCUCAUGACCAAUGCCAUCUAUCCAAAACCGAUCCUUGAUGUCAGCGAAGAAACUGAGACAAUUAUUCACCUGGCGGAUACUUUCAAUGAGGCGGAAUUUCAAAUCCAACAGAGACUACAUCAAAUGCCUUCGGAGAGCUUACUUUUUGCCCAAGGACCCAAGUCUUCCAUAUUUCAUGGUGUUCAAAAGGAAUCGUUUCUGGCACAUGCUAUAUCCCACGUCCUUAGCAGGAGUAAAACUAAUCCUUAACACAUAUUUUUUCCUUGGAAAGAACAAUCUUUGAAA